CGCAAAACCAGAAUAAAACGGAAUGGCUGCCUCCGUUUGCAAUGCAUGAGUGAUACAGAUAAGUAAUGUCAAAUCCUAUUGCUUCAUGUUUUAAAUAACAAGAUAAAAAUGGCUGCACGUAUUUCCAAGUUUAGAGCUGCAGCUUACGCGUACCGGUUUACGAAGGAUGUUGAGGCUUUGUUACCGAGUCACUACAAGAAACAUUGCGAGGAGUUCAUGACCCGUGACCCCACCCCCGUACACUGGAGACCUGAGCCUGGGAAGUUCAAACUUCAUCUAAAAACUGGAGAAAAAAUUCCUGUGCAGAAUGUUCCAAUACCAUUGAAGUUUCCAGCUGAAUGCAAUGAAGGGUUAUGGGGUGGAGAAGGAAUUGUGUUUGGUUAUCGUAAGAAGAAACCAAGAAAACCAAGAACUGUGAAGGCCUGGAUGCCCUACAUCAUGAACCGAGUGCUGUACAGCGAAAUUUUGGACAAGUACAUGGCUAUCCGAGUCACACCUCGGACAAUGGACCUUAUUGAUGAGGCAUUUGGAUUUGAUCACUACAUACUGAAGACUCACGAGGUUGACCUGAAUUCUCACCUGGGUAUGAAGCUGAAGCGGGAGAUGCUGUUGGCGCUGGUGAGGAAGACAAUGUACCCUGAGAACGCUGACAAACAGGAGCAGAUCUAUGAGAAGUACAAAGAGUACAUCAUUCCGGAGGAGGAGGCGGAGUGGAUAGGUCUUCCUCUCGGAGAGGCUGUGGCAAGGGCGAAGGCUGAACACGCCGCCAGGAAUCCCAUCCGUCCUCUCAAGGAGAUCUUCACCCAGCAGCUGAUUGACGAUCUCAAAGAAGGAAAAUAUGAAGACAAAUAUGAGGAGGAAUCUUGGCUUCAGAAACUGAAUCCCUUUACCACAAAACCUAAUGAAGAAAAGAAACCUGAAGAAGAAAAGAAAUCUUGACAAGCUGGUGUAGCUGUUCAGAUCCUAGGUGUGAAUCUAUAAACAAGAUACAACAUUAUAGAGAGAGAUAAUAAAAAACAAAGAUAAUAAAAAACAACAACACCUGCAUACUGAUUCUUGGAAAACUGGUACUAAUAUUUCAGUGACAAGUUUCAUUAUUACCUUUUAGUUCUGUGUAACCUCAAACUGAAGUUAAUUUGAAACUUAUUAUUCUAAAGUUGUUGGGCUUUUUUUGUUCAAAAUGGGAGGAAAAGUCAUGUAGAAUGUGUUUGAAAGAGUAAUAAAAACAGUGAUUGUAAGCAUGAAAAGCAGGUCUUUUAAUCACAAAUACACUUUGUAUGGUCAUUGUUACACAGUUAAUGUGCUGAAAUUAAACAUUUGUAUCAGGAAUGGUAUAGACACUGCAUGGACAAGAACAGACAACACUUUCUGAACCAUGUCUUGUUGAGACACAUUAGUUACCAAUAUUUUUUUUGAUUUUCUAGGGUAUCUGUCUGGGAUUUUUGAUGAUGUUAGUAAAAUAUGCUGCAAUCAUAAUACCAUGUGUGAAAAUAGUAAAGAGGAAUAAACGAUUUGCAUUCAUA